GCACACACACACACACACACACACACACACAAACACACAGCAUACUGCAGUUUUCACAACUUAUAGCUGCCGUGGGAGAGUCACACACUCCUUGGAGGACCUUCUCUUUCUUUCUUUUCUCCACGUGACCUAUAAUGGAGCUCUGAAAGUGUGGAACUUCUCCUCUAAGAUCUUUGGAAACACCAUCAACAGGGUGAGCUGGAAUACAAAAACCACUCUACCAGAAAAAUAACCCAAAUGACAGGCGCAUGUCAAGUGUGUAUGGGUGCGUUAUCGUCUUCCCUGCCAUUUCAGAUGGAAGGGUUUUGACGUGUGCUAGCCUGGAGUUACAUUAUGGUUCUGGGCCGAGCUGUCAGCAUGAGUUUGAUGGACAUUUCCAAGAUCUUCUCCCUGCUGCAGCCCAAGGAGGAGGAUGAAGACAACGAGCAGUGUCAGGCCCUGAACAACGCCGUGAGCAGCGACAAUGUCACUCUGCUCGCCGAGCUUCUGUCACAGGAGAAUUACAGGAAGUCUAUCAAUGCUAGAAGUGGGUGGGGGGUCCCGGUAACCCCUUUGCGCACUGCUGCCGCUCUGGGACACCUGAGAUGCCUGGAGUUGUUGUUGGAGCACGGUGCAGAGAUUGACAGUUUGGACGUGAAGGCUCAGACGCCUCUGUUCACAGCUGUCAGUGGGAAACAUCUGGACUGUGUGGUGGCUCUGCUGAAGGCCGGAGCCGAUCCUAACGGCAGCCAGUACAACAACUGCUCCCCGGUGCUGACUGCGGCCCGAGAAGGUGAUGUAGACAUACUCCGAGAGCUGCUGCGCUUCGGAGCAGAGGUGGACGUCAAACCCAAAGUACCAGAGUGGGCCUCCAACGCCACGGCCUGCAGAGGCCCUCUGUAUAUCUCAGCUGUGUACGGACACCUGGACUGCUUUAAACUGCUCCUUCUUCAUGGAGCCAACCCCAACUACAACUGCACAGACGAGAAGAUGCUGGCCAGGAUAAAACAGCCAAAGACAGUUCUGGAGGUGUGUCUCCGUUACGGUUGUGGGGUGGAGUACAUUCAGCUUCUCAUAGACUUUGGGGCAGAUGUUUAUCUACCUACACUCAUCAUUGACAAAACCACAAAGCAGAAUGAAGCCCUGGUUCUUCUGCUCAAGGAAAGAGUUUGUCCCAAAACACUGAUGUCGCAGACUCGUCUGGCAAUCCGAAGCUUCCUCCCUUUUGCGAGUAAAGAGCCUGAAAUUGACAGAUUGGACAUUCCUCUGAUCCUGAAGAACUACUUGAAACAUGACACCUCGGAACUCAUGUGAUGCUCAAGUUAGCCUGUGCCUGUGUUUCUUAUCUUAUCUCUUCAUCUUUUUUUCUUUUUUUUUACCUCAGUGCUGUAAGCUCAUGUCUGGAUGAUUAAUUUCUUGGUUUGCUAUAUCUCCCCACUGCCAGAACAAGAUAAAGGGCUGCUUUCAGUGUGUAAUAUAAAGUUUACAUGAGAUUUUUUAGCUCUAUUAAGCUCAUAAAGAUGUCGCUUACCAGCUAAGAACAAUGAUCACCCUUAAGGGCUCCAUGUUGCUCUGUCCUUGGAAGUGUAACACCAAGGCUGACCACUAGAGACCACAGUAACACUGCACAUUGUUAUAGCACACGUUCAAGUCUUCUUAUUGGCAAUUUUACUAAUUUGUAGCCUUUUUUCAGUUUACACCUGACAUCACACAGAAAAUGUAAUCUCACUACAGUAAUUUAGACAUCCAGACAUAACUGAAGAAACACACACACACAUACACAAGCUGUCUGUGUUACACCAGGAAGUCUUAGAUCUCUCCUGAAAAACAGUCUUGCAUCUUUGGACUUCAAAACAUCAGGAAGCGGAGUGAACAGCCUACACUUCAUUACAGAAAACUGGGAGCAUAUAUCUGCAUAACUCUCAUUACUUAUUGAUUACGGCAUAGUUACUUGCAGGCUACCAUUUGUGGUCAGAAGUUUGUUGGAUUCCCCCCCCCUUCAUUUUGCAACUUGUGAACGCCACAUUGACAAGGUUAUUUAUCGUGUUCCCUUGAAUUUUUCCUUUGUAAUGUAUCCAGGAGUCAGUGUGUCAGCUGUUGGGAAUGAGCUCUACAAACAGGAGAUGAUAUCACACGACAGGAAACCCAGCACAAUGCUCUCACUCGCACAUUGACGCCUCGACACGCAGUUCGGUAGAGGUUUUAUUUUCAACAAAAGUACAGCUAUAUCAGAUAUGGAUUUAUUUUUUACAGCGAAGUACAACAUAUUCCCAGUGCUUCUGAUUACAUCAAAACAUAUAAUGUACAUACAGUUAACAUCUCCACUCUCCCAUUCACAGUUUCUGGAUUGAAUAGGCAUUAUUUUUCAGGUUUUUCAUUUCUACAACAAAUAAUUGAACUCAAAAGGCCAGCAAGAAAGAAAAUGACAAACGUUUGCAUAUGGUGACAAAAGGAUAUGGAUACUGUGAGUAAAUUGUUCUGUGAUAGGAAAAAAUCUAGACCUCAAACUAGAUGGUAUUAUACAAUGACUAGUUUCCAAAUGGGGGAUGUCAGUCUUCUGUUUACCUUGUUGUCAUUGAAAAACCACAUCAGCAUAUGGCUCAUUGAAGACUUGUACCCUGACUAUUCUGAAACAACACAGGACUGCGUGAUCAACUGCAAAGGUGUUCCUACUGAAGAUGUCACUAUGCUUAAAUGUGAGUGAACUACACCCUGGACUGAAAGGAAUAACAGAAAUCUGAGCAACCUCUGGUGCAUUCGGUUGACAGUCUGCUAACUUGGCUGUCUUGGUUAUAUGACCGUAAAGGGGGGGGGGGCCGAAAAAAAACAACUGCACAGAAGGCUGUCCUCUCAGCUCCCCGUACAAGGUCAGAUUCAUAAUUGUAUAAGAAAAAUAAAACCAAAUAUAUACACCCUUUAAAACAGCGUGGCCACAUUGUAAUACUGUUGUCAGUAAAUACAAGUGAGGAAUCAA